UUUAGGGUACACUGCAAGGACUCGAGCUCUUUAUCCCCAGGUCCUUUCUUCCUGCACGUCAGCUUUGAGCCCCAAGCUGGUGCUUCUGCUCUCUGGGACAUGGCGAGCCCGAUGACCGUCGUAACCAGCCUUCUGUUUCUUGCUGUCUGUGCCCACCACAUCAUCCCUACGGAUUCUGUGAUGCUCCCCUCUUCCUGCUGCAUGUUGUUUAUUUCCAAGAGACUUCCUGAGAACCGAGUGGCCAGCUACCAGCUGUCCAACAGGAGUGUGUGCCCCAACGCAGGAGUGAUCUUCACCACCAAGAAGGGCCAUCAGUUCUGUGGCGACCCCAAGCAGGAGUGGGUCCAGAGGUACAUGAAGAACCUGGAUGCCAAGGAGAAGAAAUCUUCUUCUAGGGCCAGGCCAGUCGGUGUCAGGGUGCCUGUUCAGAGACUUCUCAACAACCAAACCACUCUCUAAUCACCGUCCAGCCCUCCAGCCCUGAGUCUGUUCCUGGUCUACUAGGGGACUGGGGAAGCCAUAGUGAUGGGGGGAAGGGCUAAUUUCCCCCUUUUUUUUAAGCAACAUUCUCCAGGGAUGUGUCUCUUCUAUGAAAAACCCAAGGGAGCAGGCGAUAUGGUCCUUGCGGAGGCCUGAGCAAAGGCUCCAAGCAUCUGUGGCCUCUUGCUUUUCUGGAGGUGGGGAGAAGAUCCUGGAAGGAGGGCAGGGGCGACUCUUUGCCCUUCUUCUGACCUGGUUCAAAUGUUUAUGUUUUUUGAGACAAAGUCUCGCCCCAUCACCCA